AUGAACCAGAACCCCCAGAGGCUAUCCCAGCAAAAUAAGGGCACCAACACGACCCAAAAUUCAACUCGCGAAUUAAAAGUGUCCCAAAGAAUUGAAGGAGUCCACUUCACUCUCAGGACUACCAGAAGCCCUCUAUUCCAAAAGAGGAGAAGACUAGGAUCUCCUACACCAAACCGGUGA